GUUUGGCUGUCCUGUCCGUGUUACUACUGACCAAGGCAGGCAGUUCGAAAGCUCUCUUUUUCGUGGCCCUGUCACAACUCCUAGGCAUCAAACGCAUCAGGACUUCUCCGUAUCAUCCUCAGGGAAAUGGCUUGAUCGAGGAGUUUCAUCGUCCACUAAAGGCAGACCUGAAGGCCUAUAAUACCGAGCAGUGGUCUUCAGCUCUACCUACAUUGCUACUAGGUUUCCGUGCAGUCUUUAAAGAGGAUCUAGGAGCCACAACUGCCGAAUUGAUCUAUGGAAGACCUCUCAGACUACCAGGCGAACUCUUCGUUCCGUCACCGACCAGUGCUUCCCAAAAUCAACUUAUCCUGGACUUGCAAUCCCACUUCGAAAAUGUGAGACCAGCCUCGAUGUCUCGUCACGGACACAGAACAAUUUUUAUUCAUCCCCGUUUGAAGGACUGCUCACAUGUAUUUGUCAGACACGACGCUGUUAGAAAGCCACUCGAAGCUCCGUACGAUGGUCCGUAUAGAGUUCUGCAAAGAAGUGACAAACUUUUCGACUUAAGGGGAAAAAGCAUACCAUUUCCAUAG